AUGGCAGGAGCUGGAGAGAAGAAGGGGGGAAAGAAGGAUGACAAUGGCAUUGGUACUGCUAUAGACUUUGUGCUGUCCAAUGCUCGCCUGGUGCUCGGAGUUGGUGGAGCUGCAAUGCUUGGCAUUGCAACUCUGGCAGUGAAGCGGAUGUAUGAUCGAGCUAUUAGUGCUCCUGCCAGUCCCUCUCGAUCUAGUCAGUCUGGCAAGCGGAGCUGGGAGGAACCAAGCUGGUUGGGAUCAUCCACACGAUUGUUGAACAAAGAUAUGAAGACCUCUGUGAGUCGCAGCCUGCAGACACUACCUACUGAUUCUUCAGCGUUUGAUCAAGACUCAGUUCGACCCAAAGCACCAAGUCGUAAGUCCCAGUCUGAUUUGAAGAAGACUCGCUUGAAAUUAUCACUUCAGGAGAAGCUCUUUACUUACUACAAGAAGUAUGUCGCCAUUCCAGCUGAAGAGCAGAGUCAUGCCAAGCAGGCCGCUAUAGACAUCUGUGCUGAACUACGCAACUUCAUACACAGUAAAUUUCCGGACAUGCCUCUCAAAGACAUGCACCUGAGUGGAAGCUUGUAUGAUGAUUUACAGGUUGUCAGAGCAGAUCACAUUCAGCUUAUGGUGCCUCUCCGUGCGGAAAACAAUUUAUGGUCGUGUGUCCCCGGAGAAGAAACCAUUCUAAACCUGCCAGGAUUCUGCCUUCUGCGUCGGGAGAAUGUUGAGUACUUCCCCCGUGGGAUCAGUUAUUGGGACCGCUGUGUGGUGGGAGGUUACCUCUGUCCCAAGGCUGUAGUUGCCACCUUUGAGAAAGUAGUAGCUGGUUCUAUCAACUGGCCAGCCAUUGGCAGCAUGUUGGGCUAUGUGAUUCGGCCGGUAGUCCCAUCAGAAAGCCUCAUCUUAGAAGUUCAGUAUGAUGAGGAUCGAAAGCUCUUCAUAGACUUCCUGCCAUUAGUUGUCCUUGGGGACCGCGCAGCUGUUGCCAAAGCACACAGACUACCACGUUACGGGAACAUGUGGCGGCUAAGCCAGCGUGGAGCAGAAACCGCUGCUUUGAUAGGAAGGGAUCAACAAGAUUCAGGCUGCCGAUGUCUCUGCCUGAAAAUACUGAAGGCUAUAUGUCGGUACAAUUUACCUCUGUCCCAUCUGACAGCUUCCCACCUCACCAAUAUACUCCUUCAUGUUUGUGAAAAAGAGGAGGAUUGGUCACAGGGUGCAUUAGCUGAUCGCUUCCUCCAGUCUCUUCGAGAAACUGUGGGAUACCUAGAGACUGGAAAUUUACCCUCUGCUUUGGAUCCCAAGGUGAACUUGUUUUCUGAACUUUCCCCAGAUGAAGUGGAUGAGAUGGGAUAUUUUCUUUACUGCUCCUUAUCAGAGCCGGAGGUGCUUCUUAGGACAGGAGACUGAGGAGUUUAACACGUUCAUCAUAAGGAAACAAUGUGGUUUUAAUACUAACCUCUAAGGGGCUUGCAUGGUUAUCUGGGCAAUUAUAUUUUAGUUUAUUAGUCUUCUUUUUAUUAUAUAUUAUGUUUUCAUUUCUCAGGAAGGCGCUAUCUAUUGCCAAGAACAUUAUAGCCAAAAAUAAUUUUGACGGAGUCUCUGUGAAUAUUUCCCAUUAUGCAAAUCAAUCGCUAAUAAGAUGGAGCAUUAUUGGGAGUGAUUUAAUAGAAAUGUCGUAGUCCAUUAUAUAUUAUUGCAAUUAUAUUUUCUUUCUCAUUCC